AUGGUGAUCCGGAAGUUGUCAAAAGCUAAGUUCGAUCUCGAGGCUUUUCGUAAGGAGACGUUUCGGAGCUGCGAACCCCAGGCGGCAGAAGGCGGAAAGCUCACAGACAGAGUCGGCAUGGAUGAGAGUCUGGAAGGGGACUUGAAUUAUAACCCUGCGGAUAACGUGGGGAGCUCUGAUAACACAGGGUUUGGUGAUGAGAAGAAGGAUUGGGCGGCAGACCUAAAGCAGUGGUCUAAGGAAACAGAGCGUCUAGAACCUAAGUAGGAAGACGUUGCAAAGGGAGCAGGCCAUGAGGCUGCAACAAACGAGAUGUUGGCCGAAUACGCAAGUGAAGAGGGAACCGAUACUCCGAGCGAGGAAUUGCCUACCACGCCUAAGAACGUCGUUGGGAAAGGACCUACGAAAAAGACGGGAAAAAACAUGGCGAAUGCCAGCAAGGCUCCUCUGAAGAAAGCCACUCCGGAAUGGGGAAAGACAGAUAAAAAGACUGCCGAUGAAGAGACCAGCGAGAACGAACCUUUAGGUACAACCGGCAAAAUCGAUGAAAACCAAAGUGAAGCUGUUUCGGCAAGGCGGUUCAUCACAGUAAGAAGGGUCAUCGGUAUCUAUUCCAAUGUAUAUGGUAAGAGUACGAAAGUUGACAAACGACAGGAAAGGAGGUUUCGACGGCAAGAACUUUGCGAGUGA